CUCCGUUGGCCGGGCACCGGAGGGGGGCGUGUCAGGAAGUUGAGGAGCGGAGCCGUGGCUGCGGUGUCGGGGGCCGGGGCUGGAUCGGCUCCGCGGGAUCCUAAAGGCCGGCAGCUUCGGGGCAGCGGUGGUGAGGCCCGACCCGAGCUGAGGACAAGGCGGCAGUGCCCGAGUUUGGGCGUCUCGGGCCAGAAGAUGGAAGAGGAAGAAGGAUCAUCACCUGAAUUACGUGAGAGGAAAAAGUCAAGCUGCCCUGAAAAUGAGCAAAUAGCUUUACAAACUCUGCCAGAGAAAACCAGAGAUAUUUCAACUAUGAAGAAGUCUCCCAAAUAUAUAUUAUUUCAGCGUUUUGCAAAGCUUUUCUUGGGCUGUCUUGCAGCAGUUACUAGUGGUAUGAUGUAUGCACUGUAUUUGUCAACAUACCAUGAGCGGAGAUUCUGGUUUUCCAGCAGACAGGAGCUUGAACGGGAAAUCACAUUUCAGGGUGACAGUGCCAUUUAUUACUCCUUUUAUAAAGAAAUGUUAAAGGCUCCUUCAUUUGAAAGAGGUGUUUAUGAGCUUACACACAACAACAAAACUGUAUCACUGAAGACUAUAAAUGCAGUGCAACAAAUGACUUUGUAUCCAGAACUGAUUGCCAGCGUACUAUAUCAAGCAACUGGUAGUGAAGAGGUUAUCGAGCCAGUAUAUUUCUACAUUGGUAUAGUUUUUGGAUUACAGGGAAUUUAUGUGACUGCAUUGUUUGUAACAAGCUGGGUUAUGAGUGGAACUUGGUUAGCAGGAAUGCUUACUGUUGCAUGGUUCAUUAUUAAUAGGGUAGAUACAACAAGAAUUGAGUAUUCUAUUCCUUUAAGAGAAAACUGGGCACUGCCAUAUUUUGCAUGUCAAGUUGCUGCUCUUACAGGCUAUUUGAAAAACAACAUAAAUACUUCUGUAGAGAGAUUUUGUUACUUGUCGGUGAGUGCAUCAACAUAUACAUUCAUGAUGAUGUGGGAAUAUAGCCACUAUCUCCUGUUUCUUCAAGCAAUCUCCUUAUUCCUUCUAGACUCCUUUUCCCUCAUGCAAGCAGACAAGGUUCAUGAAGUGUACAAAAUCUAUUUGUUGUCCCUCUUCCUGGGAUAUUUACUGCAGUUUGAAAAUCCAGCUUUAUUGGUAUCUCCUUUAUUAAGUUUAGUAGCUUCCUUAAUGCUUGCUAAAUGCCUACAGCUGAAUGUGAAAAAAGGAACUCGUAUAGCCAGAAUGAUGAAAGUGAUGUAUUUUUAUUUGAUAUUUACACUAACAGUGAUGCUGAAUGUUAUAAUGAAGAUGUUUGUCCCACAUAAAGAAAAUGGGCACAUGUUAAAAUUCCUUGAAGCAAAAUUUGGACUAAAUAUGACUAAGAAUUUUACAAUGAAUUGGCUUCUUUGUCAAGAAUCCCUGCAGGCUCCAUCUCAGGAUUUUUUUUUGCGAUUGACACAGUCAUCUUUAUUGCCUUUCUACAUUUUAGUUUUAAUUAUUUGCCUUUUUUCUGUGAUACAAGUUAUUUUCAGAAGAAUCAAUGGUAAGCCCUUAAAAGAAAUAGUUACCCUGGAAGAUGGUCGAAUUGGAGAAAGACCAGAAAUAGUAUAUCAUGUAAUUCAUACUAUUUUAUUGGGUUCUCUUUCAAUGGUGUUAGAAGGCAUGAAAUAUCUUUGGACUCCUUAUGUGUGCAUGCUUGCAGCAUUUGGUGUAUGUUCUCCUGAACUUUGGAUGACUCUUUUCAAGUGGCUUCGAUUGAGGGCUGUACACCCAAUAUUUUUGGCUCUUAUUCUGAGCAUGGCUGUACCUACUAUUAUAGGUUUCAGCUUAUGGAAAGAGUUUUUUCCAAGAAUAAUGACAGAACUUUCAGAACUACAAGAAUUCUAUGACCCAGAUACAGUGGAACUUAUGACCUGGAUAAAAAGGCAGGCUCCAGUUGCAGCUGUGUUUGCAGGGAGUCCACAAUUGAUGGGUGUGAUUAAGUUAUGCACUGGAUGGAUGGUGACCAAUUUGCCUUUUUACAAUGAUGAAGAUCUUCUAAAGAGAAAUGAAAAUAUCUAUCAAAUCUACUCAAAGAGGUCCGCUGAAGAUAUAUAUAAGAUACUUACUUCCUACAAAGCUAACUACUUGAUUGUAGAAGAUGCUAUCUGCAAUGAGGUGGGAACCAUGAGAGGAUGUAGAGUUAAAGACUUGUUGGAUAUUGCAAAUGGCCAUGUGGUUUGUGAAGAAGGUGACAGUUUUACCUACUCAAAAUAUGGACGAUUUUGCCAUGAGAUCAAAAUUAACUAUUCUCCAUAUGUGAAUUAUUUCACUAGAGUAUACUGGAAUAGAUCCUACUUUGUAUAUAAAAUUAAUACUGUGAUAUCCUUCCAGUCCUGAAAAAUAGCAAAGCCUUCUUUUCAAAGACUGAUUUGACAUGAAGAGGAAUGAGAUGCUAUUUUCCUACUUGUGUAUUAUUUUGCAAAUCAAAGUUUGGGGAUGUGAAAAGGUUUUUUCCCCCCCUUGCUUUAUUACCAGACCCAGAGUUUUAUAGGCAAUACAACAUCAAAACUUAUGAUGUUAAUAUCAACAGUAACAUAUUUUUCUUUCAUGUUGGUUUUUCCAUAUUUUACUUUAUAAAAUAUUAUAUCUUCCCCAUGGAUGUUUAUCUAAAUAAAGUAUAUUAGAACUCCAUUUUUACAUGAAUUUGAAUAUACUGGAGGUCAAAACAUCAUUACAUGUAGUAAAACCUUUAUAUAGCACGGUUGGUCUAUAAGGGAUUUAUUCUUUUACUGUAUACCAUGGUAUAUAACUUUAUUAAUCCUUACAAUAAAGAGUUAAGGAAAGCAGUAGCUGUAAAGAUAAAUAGCAUAGUUCUAAAUGGGCAUUAGACAAAGGGAAAUAAUUUUUUAAAGUGACAUGAAGCUUUGUUCUUUCUAAUGUCCAAAAUCAAAAUAUUUAUGAUAUUCAUACAAAUAGUUUGGUUUUUUCUUAAAUAUUGCUUAUGAGUACAUUACUAUCUCAAUAUAUCUAUGCAUAAUACAAUGUUUUAAUUCUGUGUUAUUAUGUAGUUAACCUUUUUUUGCCACAGCAAAAUGAUCAUACAUUCAAUGCCAGUUUGAUCAUGAUAAAAAUAAUUAUUGCUGCCUAUAUUUUUAUUAUGCAUUUCAAAGGCUAUUAUCAUACAUUUACAAAUAUAAGUAUUAGAAAUAAAAUCUGCUUGGAUGUUUCUUGUCAGAAUUUUUAAUGCAACUUAAUCUGUUGCCAGCUACUAUAAUGGUAUAAAUAAUUUUGUCUUAACUUGUCUCCAUUAAAGAAAAUUAAGUAUCUAAAUUUAACCUGGCCUGAAAUAAGACUGCAUAUGCAUUAGAAAUAGUAAAAUUACUCGUGCUCUCUGCUCUUUACCACAUCUAUGCACUCAUAGUUACUUAUUUCAAAAAACUCCAAAUAAAUUCUUUGUCAUUAUAAGUUCUUCUAUAAACAUCAGUACUGAAAACUAAGUGAUAAUUCAAAUCAGUUUUAUAGAUUUGUCAUUUUUAGAGUCCACAAUUCAUUUUGUAGUCUCUUUAAAUUUGUUAUAUUUUAAUUGCUUACAAUAUUUGCUAAGACAUCAAAAAUUUUAUGAGCAGUGGCAACCUGCAGACAUUAUUUUCAGGAUGUAAAGAUAAAUAUAUAAUAUUUUUCAUAGUCUUGUACAAAAUCUUUUCAGAGUUUUUAGUUAUUAGAAUAGUGCUAAAAUUAUAUCACUACCCUUAAAUACAUUACAAGGAGAAAUCUUCUAUGAAUAUAUUUUUGAAAAAUCAUGUAUUUUCCUGGCUAACAAAUACUGAGUGCAUUGAGUAUUAAAGAACUGAUGGAGUUAUGAACAUGGAAUCAGUUUCAUUAGUCUUCAUUUUUAUAUAAUUCUAUAAUUAUAGGUGAUGUACUUCAGUUUAAAUAUUUGUACUUCAUGGGUAGUAAGUUAGUAGCCUUUCACAUUCUGUUUUACACAAUAUUGAAUUUUUAACUGGACAAGUAUUAUUUAUCAUGCUUUCCUGCACAAGAGUAUCAGGUCAUAUGGUAAAAAAAAAAAAAAUCCUAUAAUACUAUAUGCUUUAAGGAUGUCAAAAACAAUCUAUACCACUAUUAAGGGAAGAAUAAAAAAAUAGUUAAUAGAAAAUUGACCUUCCAGUGUAGCAUUGAAAAAUUAGCUUUUAUGGAUCUAUUCAUUGAUUUUAUUGAUCUGAUCAUUGUUUUAUGUGGCACUCAGUAGAUUUGAGUUUUUUUUAAGUUAUAAUAAAAAUUUUCUUCUACUUCUA